AUAUCUAAAAGUGCCUGCAUAUGAAGCAAGUAGUUAAUAUAGAACUAUUUAUUUUGUUAUUUCAAAACCGAAUGACACGGAACGCUUAUCCGAAGUUAAAUUGAUUUGACUUUUAAAAUCACCAAUUUAUCCGAUACCUAAAGUCAAAUAAUCCUAUUGUUAAGCCUAAAUAAUCUGAACCCGAAAUGACUCGAUUCCAAGAUGACUCAAACUGUAAAUGAUCCAAACUUGAGAUGACUUGAACUCGAAAUUAUAUGAAACUUUUCGACCCCAAAUAAUCUAACUCAAAGUGACUUAACCCAAACCCGACCCACGCGAUUAUCACCUCUACUUCAGAUCAGUUUUUUCCUUUAAAUUCUUUUUUCUUUCAUACUAAAAUACCCAUGUCCAUCAGUUACUGUUUUGGUAGAUGAAUAUCUUCCCAUAUCAAUGGUUAUAUUUCGCUGUCAGAUACAAAAUUUGAUAAGUUCUCUGGUUGCUUCACCUUUUGCAUUUUUGGGGUGCAGAAUCCAUGGAUUUAGAGACCAUGCAUCUUAUGUGAAUGAUGCCAUUUUUACAGCUGAUGGAAGUGUUAUUACUGCCUCCAGUGACUGCACUGUGAAGGUAAAUGAUCUAUACAUGUAUUCAAAUAUCCAGCCCUGUUUUAGUCAUUUCCUUGGUGCAUAACAGAUAAUGCUGCCUUUUUUAGGUCUGGGAUGUUAAAACGACAGACUGCCUACAAACAUUUAAGCCACCACCUACUUUAAGGGAAUUCUAUUUCUCAAUAAAGUGAGCUUAUAUCGUGAUAUCUUUUUGUUGCUGUUUGCCUUUAUACCUUUACUUUACAUCUUUUGAUUGGUAGGGUGGUGAUGCUUCAGUGAAUUCAGUACAUCUUUUCCCAAAAAACACAGAUCAUAUUAUUAUAUGCAAUAAGACAUCAUCAAUAUACAUCAUGACACUCCAAGUACAGGUUGUGAAAAAAUUUUCAUCUGGUAAAAAGGAGGGUGGUGAUUUUGUAGCUGCCUGUGUGCCAUCAAAAGGAGAAUGGAUAUACUGUGUAGGCGAGGACAGGAAUAUGUACUGUUUCAGCCAACAAACUGGAAAACUAGAGCAUCUAAUAACGGGAUUACAAAUGAAUUAUCCUUGGCAUUACAAAGGCGAGAUCAAGAUAUUAUGAAUGUAAUGGCAUUAGUAAGAGUAGCGAAGCAACAACUACAAAUGAUGAGAGAAUAUGGAUGGGAAUCUUUACACAAUGAGGUUUCUUUAUUUUGUGAAAAAAAAAAACAAUAUUGGCAUCCUAAAUAUGGAUGAUAUAUUUGUAACUAGUAGAAAACCUCGAUGCAAUGCUCAAACAAUGACAAAUUUAUAUUAUUAUCAAGUUAAGUUGUUUUACACAGUAAUUGAUAUGCAAUUUCAAGAGCUCAACAAUCAUUUUC